UUUCAAAUCGAGUCGAGAGAACAUAAAAGAGGACCGCUGCACACAAACCACGUUAGCGGAACCCGUCGGAAUUUAUCGAAGGAGCUAACUGUCAGUGACGAAGAGAAAGGCAACGAAUUGAGUUAGCAAACAGUAUCAACAUCCGAAGAAGCUAAUUAUCGAAACAAGAGAAUCUAGAAAUCAAACAGGAACUAACCUAUCAACAUCCAAAGUAGCUAAGUUUCAAGAAAAAAGCGCAAACUAAAUUACAAAUAACAUCUCGAGCAGCUAGCCGAUCGAUACAGAACAUUCUAAAAAAGGAACAACGCUAAGUGACCGAUCAACGUCCGAAGUAGCUAACUUCCAAUCAGCGGAGAAGGGAUUCAAAGGGAACGGCCGCGAACUUACCAGACGACAUCGACGUCGAAGGAAGCUGACUCGAGCUCGAAGCUUUCGAGAGGAGGUCUUCAAACCCGAAGAACGGAAAGGAUGCCAGGCGAAAACAAGGAGAAACUGGCGCAGACAACUUCCGGCGGCAGGCAAGAAGCUUCCUCGCCGUCGAAGAGCAGCGAUCCGGAGCGUAGUCCUCGUGGCAGCUCGAUGAUCCCUCUGCCCCGCGCGCUGCAGCAGAACCCGAAGACGGUGAAGACGGAGAAGAACCGUCUCAGGCUGAUCAUGGAGAACAGGGGUUUAACCGACGUCCUUGAGAAGGAGAGGAUGAUCUACGCGGAGGACAGGGGCGAGGAAGGAUAUCGGUUGACGUCCCGCGGGGAACCGGCCCCGAGAUACCGCGGCGACGUGUCCUGCAACCUGGCGUAUCGAUGUCCUGCGAGAAAGGAGGACGCAGAUCCCAGCCACAAGAGGGUGGACAGAUUGCUCUCUGAGGAGUGUUGUCGCGUUCCCCGCGGGCCGGCAGGCGUCGGCGUGGAAGGUGUCGGCUCCUGGAGGGGCCAGCGUCGCCCCCACGGCAUCGAGAUACCUACGCCCCUGGCCGGCGUCGCGGCGCACGAGCUGGAGUCGUCCGUGGACGGCGGCGCAGCGUUCAACCCCGUCGUCGUCGCAUCGGCGGCGACACCCGCGAGAUGCUCUGCGUCGAAGAACGGGCCGAGAACCGCAACAUCCGCCGCCGCCUCGUCAUCGUCAUCCGCCAAUGCCGUCAGCUCCAGGCCAUCGAGGUUCUACCUAGGCACUGCGAUCGCUGAGACCAGCAAGGAGGAUGCGAUGGAGCCGGAAGUCAAGGAGGAGGACGAGCGAAGGUCGUCCACGCCGAGCCCCGAGAUUUAUUCGAGAAGGAGUAAACACUACAAUGAGGGUGGUAGUAGCGAGGAAGAGAGCAAGCCAGACACGUCUUUACAAGGACACAGAGUACCAUCCUCUUACAGAGGAACAUGGCCCAUCAGAAGAGAUCUAUGGGCCAGUCAGCAGAUGGGCUUCUCCUGUCAACAAAGCACAUCAACCACUGUACAUAAUGACGUAGCCAGCGUAAUGAGUUUCUCAUCAAACUCUGGCGGUGGCCUGAGCUGUUCCGCCGAGGUGCAAGGAGACCGAAGAUUAGGAGCGAAAGUGGACGUGGUGUACAACCUGCUGGGAAUGCUGGGAAGCACCGAGGGCGGAGAGGACAUGAGCACCACCCUGCUUUCAAUGAGUAACUCGAUAGACAAUUGUCUGAUAAUGAGGCAGUCGGGAUGUCUGCCGCUGCUGGUACAACUGAUUCACGCACCGGGACAGGAUCUGGCAACCAGAGAGAGGGCUUCGCGAGCCCUGCACAACAUAGUUUACGCGAAAGGCGACGAAAGGGCUGGGCGUCGAGAGGCCAGGGUACUUAGAUUUCUGGAGCAAUUGCGAGACUAUUGUCAAGCUCUGAGAUCGUCCUUGGAGACGGGAGAGGUUCCCGACGAUCUGGAGAGACACCCAGGACCGACUAUAGCCGCGCUAAUGAAACUUUCCUUCGACGAGGCCCACCGUCACGCUAUGUGCCAGCUCGGUGGGCUGCACGCGGUAGCAGAGCUAAUCGAGAUGGACCACAUGGCCCACGGUAGCGAAUGCGACGACCAAAAUUGCAUCACGCUGCGCAGGUACGCUGGAAUGGCGCUGACCAACCUGACAUUCGGCGACGGAAACAACAAGGCGCUGCUCUGCUCUUUCCGGGAGUUCAUGAAAGCGUUGGUAUCGCAACUGCGCAGUCCUAGCGACGACCUUAGACAGGUCACAGCGAGCGUGCUGAGGAACUUGUCGUGGCGAGCGGACACCAGCAGCAAGCAGACUCUGAGGGAAGUGGGAGCAGUGACUGGUUUAAUGAAGGCCGCGAUGGAAGGCAGAAAGGAGUCAACGCUGAAGUCGAUCCUCUCAGCGCUGUGGAACCUUUCGGCACACUGUAGUACAAAUAAGAUAGACAUCUGCGCUGUGGACGGUGCUCUCGCCUUUCUCGUGGACAUGCUGAGCUACAAAGCGCCGUCCAAGACACUGGCGAUAGUGGAAAACGCCGGGGGUAUAUUGAGAAACGUCUCCAGCCACAUCGCGGUCAGGGAAGACUACCGAGCUAUCGUCAGAGAAAGAGGAUGCCUUCAGGUUUUGUUGCAACAGUUACGAUCACCGAGCUUGACCGUAGUCAGCAAUGCCUGCGGAGCACUUUGGAACCUCUCGGCUAGGUGUCCGCAGGAUCAACGUUUGCUGUGGGACCUCGGCGCAGUGCCCAUGCUCCGCAGCCUCAUCCAUUCCAAGCACAAAAUGAUCUCGAUGGGUUCGAGUGCAGCUUUGAAGAACUUGCUAAGCGCCCGGCCAGGUUGCAACAAUCUCGUUCAUUUAGACUCAACAGCCCGUGGCUUAGGCCUUCCAACGUUGCCCACCUUGGUCGCCCGAAGACAGAGGGCUUUGGAGCAGGAGAUAGAUCAGAACUUGGCAGAAACAUGCGACAACAUUGAACCCAGCACAUCUCCUACGAACAAGGACGACAAGUUCCUCUUCAAGAUGGACCACAGCUUCUUAGGAAUUAACGCUCGAGCAUUGCGCAACUAUCACUUGCACAACCAGCCCAGCACGUCCAGUAUGAAAUGUAAUGGAGUGGCCAGAAGCGAGAGCAGGGACUCCAUGCGGUCCAUAACUAGCACCCACUCCGACACCAUGUUCGAGCGAGUUAAUCGCCACGUGUUGAACGGAUUAUCCCCCACCGACAUUCAAAUCAAACAGCAGUCCUCCUCCCUUCAUUCUGCGGUCGGUUUCGACACCGGCAUGUCCAGCGAGAACCACAUCAAAAUUUCGUCCGAGAAGAAGUACACGCUACGGUACAAGAACGCGAUCCCCGACCGUUUGAAAUCCUCGGAUGGUUACAACGACCUGGGAGACCUGAGAUGCACCAAUUCCACGAUCUCCUGGUCGUCCGCGCCGGAUCAGGAGUCCGCUUGUUCGCAGAACUUGCUCCACUCCUCUGUGGAGGAUAACCUGCCGCAGAGCAUGUCGUCGAAAGGUGGUAGCCAGUCCAGCGUGUCCGAGGAGACCGAGUUGAAUGUUUGCCAAAAGACCGAAUACCAGUGCAUCGCCGGCAAGUCGGGGAUCGACACUCCCUCGUCGUUGUCCUUCGCCAGUAGUACAUCUCCGGGCAAGGACAGUUUCAGUAACAUGUAUGACAAGACGGUGCUACAUCAGCAUAAUCCACUGAACACGAUACAGAAAACCAUCUCCCCAACUGUCAGUCACUGUACGGAAGGGAAUCUGUUUAGUGAUUAUGCCGAGACGGAUUUGGAUCAGCCGACUGAUUACAGUUUGCGGUACGCGGAGCGUAGCUUGGACGAGGACAAACAGCACUCUCAUUACUUUGCGAACAGCGAGCAGGAACUCGUUCAUGAUGACACUUUGAAGACUUACUGUACCGAGGGAACACCCCACGGAUCGUCGCUGAAUUCUUCCAGAGCUGCCUCUGCGUCUGACUUGCAGGAGGAUAAUAGACAGAGGUGCACUAUGAAGAGAAUACAGGAGCAAAGGAAGUUGCACGACAAACAAGAGUUCAGUUUGCAAACAGAAAUUAAAAGCGUUGUGGAAGAAAACGGACAUGGCACCAAGAUCCCAUUGAGUUUAAGAGUGCAACAAAUAUCAUCAGACAACUUGCAUUGCGAUCAGAGUAAUAACAUUGCAUCUAAUUCGGGAAAUGUGAAAUCAGAUGUGGAGAAAAAGUAUGAGAAUCAAAAUGAAAUGUUCGGGAAAAACGUUAAAAGUUUCCCGACAAAUGGAAUUAAUUCAUAUGUGGCCAGUGCAUUGAAGGCUUCUAAUGAUUCAGGAUGUAAGGAAUUUGAACUAAAAGGAGAUACGCGUAACAUGCCUUGUACAUUAAAUAUAAACGCCUCUUCCGAAUGUUUAGAUCAAGUCAGUGAUGGAGAUGAGGAUGAUGAAGAUCUUCUUACAGCUUGCAUUAAUAUCGGAAUGCAAAACAAUAGGCACAGGCAUUCUUUCAUAGGAAACAAUUUUGAGAAACUCCCACGAAGUGAAAGCAAUCUAGCGAGGUAUCAGACAAGCGUGGCGUUAGAUCAAGUAGAAUCCAAUCUACUAACUGAUUCCGCCAUGAAUAGUCUAGAUACAAAUCGAACAACAUGUGAAGAAAAUAAUGAUAUAAUUAAUCCACCAAGUGUGAAUGUUACGUCUCAUUACAGCCCGAAUACAACAACAAAAUUAACUCAGAAAACGAUAGAAAAUGAAGCUGUAGCGGAGUCCUCGAAUAAAAUGUUACAAAAUCAACUCGCAGACAUAAGCAGAAACAUUGAACAAAUUACUGGGAUAGGUGAAGACAACCUUUGCAAUUUUUCAUUGCCUUCAAACUUGAGGAACAGCCCGAUUCUACAGGAAACGAUAGUUUUCAACACAGAACCUAAUCAGCAACAGUACCUAUCCAGCAUGGACAUUGAAUCAAAUGAAGACAUGUCGUCUUUAAUUCAUACUGAUCUUUUGGAGGAAGAAAGGAUGACAGAGGAAAAUGAAAAUGAAAAUGAUAAGCUAUCGGACACCUCAAAAAACAAAAUUAGAGAGAACCCAAUGCAGCAGUCUUACACGAAAGUGACAGACUCGGAAAGCAGUGAAUCUAUUGAUUCCGUCGAACAGUCUGAACAUGCGCUCCUAGAAUUGUGUAUACAACCUGGAUUGUCAAAACCCAUCGACCAAUUGAACAAAACUGCAUUGAAGUCUAAGAUUUUAGAUCGGUUUGAACAGAAAGAGAUCAAUUACUCGAACGAGAGCAGUCAGAUGGAUGACACGUGCGAAGUGGACGGUAUUCAGAAAGAAGAGAUCAGCGAGAAGCACAAACAGAUACAAAAGAACACUGAUAUACCGAACCACGGGAAGAAAGAAGAUAUAUAUCGACGGCAGAGAGAUCCAGACGCAAUGAUCGCCUCGUUAGAUCGGUUAACAGCCACGUUAGUGCAACAAACGGAAGCGAUUCGAGAACGUGACUCUGGUACCAUGAAGCAAAGCAUAAUAAGCGACACCUGGAAUGAGGAUUCGCCUAACGAAGUUUCCUUUCCUAGUAUCAGCAUUAGCGCUCCCAUCAUUGCCUCGUUCAAGAGCGACGUUCAAGAAGAUCCAGGUACCGUUACCUCCGAAUACGUGGAAACAGCGAGUAGCGAAAGCGGACAUAUGACAAAUUCAAAAAUCAUUCAACGAGAAGCGUUCAAACUAGCCGAGGCUGUGGACGCGGAAAUGAACAAGCACAACGAGAUGGACACAACAAGUAUGACGUCCAUGGAUCUAGAGGCCAUCAAACCUCCGUCUUCGAUGGGCAGUUUGUUGUCCCUAACAGCCAGUUACGCUGGCUCGGGUGAUUGCAGCGAGACGUACGUUAACAGAGACAGAUGUAAUUCUGCGUCGCUUCCACCGAUUCAGAUGAGGAACGUGUCCCUAACAGAUUCCAGAAACUGCCGUAAAAAGUCUUUGCCUCUCGGCGUGGUGGCCAAACGAGCGCUAAACCAGAAUCAGGCUCAUACAAGCAGUUUAGAGAAUUUAUUGAACGAGUGCAGUGGUUCGCACCUGGACAGCGUCAAACCACCAUCGAUGAUGGACGAACUGCCGGACGUGGGUGACAUGGAGAAUAGUAUGCUAAGUGUGGCGAGCAUCACGUCGGAGGUGGCCGACACGAAAGACCAAGAUCCUCACAGUCUAACCGGAAGCGAUGCCGUUUUCGAUUUGUUGAAGCCUGUCGCGAAUGUCCUCUCUAUCACCUGCAUGCGUUACGCUGAAACCAUGCAAAGCAGCGCGAAUAACAGCUUGAGCGAGUAUCUGGAGAAUAUCAAUCCGCCUUCCCUGUUCAACGAGGUCUGCGAAAUGGACGAGUCAACGGUGGAACAUGUCACGGAGACUGUGUGUAGCGACACUCUGUGCAUCGACGCAGAGUUGCGCACCGAGGAAGCUCCGCAUCCAAUGGUCGUUGACAAGAUUGACGAAGGUGGCAACGACACUGACGAAGCGGUCACUCCGAUCUCGUCAGAGUACUGUGUCACCAGUUCGGCUGAGUCGACACCUAAGAAACGACUACAUAGGAAUCUCACGCCGAAACAAAAACGAACUUUGGCCAAGGAGAGGUACAAGACAUACACCAUUGCUGCAGAACUAAGUAAGAAGGAGACGGAGGAGGAGAAACAGGAAAACGAGGAUCGGGAGAACAAAAUUCCACGCGGCAAGUGUUCGCCAUUUUCCAAGCUGACACCUAAGCAACGCAGGCAGGAGGAUAGAGCCAGGUUUCAGACGCAGGUAUUGGAGAAUCCCUUCCCUGAGGUGAACCAGGAUCAACAGGACGUUGAGAACAUCUGUGAGACGGAGAGUCCUGCAUCGUCGGAACCUGUGUCACCUGUCAGAUCUGCUAUUCCUAAACCGACAAAGCUGUCAGCUUGUAAGACACUGAUAAAAAAGCGCAUGGAACAGAAAAAAAACCGGGAGAGGUACCGCACAAGAACACUGAACGACUCGGAAUGCAUAUUCAAGGACACUGAUGGCAAUGCUGCCGCAAACGGUACGGACGAGAACUCGUUAACAGCAACGCACACCAUUCAGUCGGAUGAGAUUCAAACUAUGUUAGAGCAAAACGCUACCAUAGUGUUGAACACUUUGAACGAAUCUAACAAAGCAAAUCAGAACCUGGAAGAACCGUUAUUGGACUGCGAGACCAUUAGUUUGGUGUCGAACGAGUCGGAGUCUGAAAGAAACUUGCGAAUGAAGUUCGUCAACGGCGUCUCCAAAAAGCUAAUAGGCGCUUGUAGCCAACAAAUGGAUGAGGCACACGAAUUGGAAGAUACCCAUAAGGAUGCAGUCGAAAUUGAAACGUGUAGGUCACAGGAAGAUGUCAGAUAUGACACCGUGGAGAGUGACAGUGAGAAUGAAUCUAACAAUACCGAAGAGCCACCUCGAGAGACGAAACGACCACGGAUAAUCAAGCCAGGUAUGGUGAGAGACCUCAGUAACGAUUCAAACGCCACGGACAAAUCAGAACCAGAGAGUCCAAAGGCUAUACGUGGUAGAAGAAAGGCUCUCUACUCGAAUCCAAUAACGAGGAAACCAACGCCUCAAUCGUCCCCGUUGAAACAAGUGAACCCUGUAAGUGGGAUACCCAUUGGUCGUAGUAACACAUCACCCAUAGUGAGAGCUACCAGAGCAACCACUCUUCGACAGAAUAAUAACAGUCAAAACAACUUAACAAAAGAGUCUUCAAAAACAACACUUAAAAUGACAUCCAUUUUACCAGACACGGAAAAGCGAACGAGGAACUUAUCCGCAGCCGCAAAGAGAGCGUCUGUUCCUCAAAAGGGAUCAUCGCUGACUUUCACUAAAUCCGUGAAAAGGCACAGUACACCUCCAACGUGCUCCUCGAAUUUUCAGCAAGACGGUAAACCAGACGCAGCCGUGAAACCUUUAGAACGACAGGGUACGUUCACCAAAGACGAGCCGGAAAUGGAGAACGCACCCAUGGUAGUCUCUUCGUCGUCUUCGCCUAUAAAGACAAAGAUUGCGAAACCCAUCAAAGGUGCUACCUCUAAAGUACACCCAACGACAAUGGUCAAACCGAAAGUCGCCCCAAAAGCGCUUCAAACGAAAGCUACGAAAGGUAAUACCUCGGAAAAGAUACAGCCCCCUAAAGCGUUGCCGCUGUUAGUCGCACCAAAACGUUUGCCGACAGGAAAGCUAACGUCAGCGUCGAAAGUUCCAACCGGUGUCCAGAACACCGCGCAAGCGGAAAACGGUAAGGUUUUUCGCAAAGUAGGUCCCCUUGGUCAAAGAUCCAAUAGUAAUUCUAGCAUCGUGUCCAACUCGUCAACAGGGAUGCAGACUAGAAAAUUAGCGAAGGAGGCGACUAGCAAAAUAGCGAGUCUUUGGAAAAAAGUCGAGGAAAGCAAAAGUAAGCAGCGAUUGGAGAAACCCGAUACCAGGCAAUGGUUACAGCCAGGCAGCUGUGCCAAUGUCGUGGACGCUCCUACCCCAGCGAGCAAUCCACCAGCUUUUAGGCUAUUCCGUAGUUCCACGUUCGAAGGAGUACCCCAAGAGAAUGAUAGCCCGGAGUCCACCUUAUACAAAUCGAAAUCAAAACGACCUUUAGCGAUGGGUGUCCAGUUCAGUAAAGUGAAGUAUAGGAACUCUUGUGAUUUAAGCGGAAUGAAUGCAAACGAUGCUCCUUGCAAAAUACCUGUAAAAUCUAGUGAUGCUUCUACGUACAGAAAAGACACUGUUCAAGUAGGAGACGCUUCUGUGAUCUUACGGAAGCCACAGAACAGUGAGUCUUCCCCAAUGGAAGUAGAUCCUACUAAACGAAUAUCACGCCUUGGUUCCUUCAUAAGAGUAGACUCUGCGAACGCGGAAGGCUCUGCACAAACAAACGUGAAUGGCAGCGGCACGCGUACACCUGCCUCUGCUAUUGUACCACCCUUUAAUUACAAUCCGAAACAAGACAUUCCUUCCCAAACAACCAAAGUUACACCGAACGAAAGUGAAAGUAAAUUUGGGGUGGCAGAUUGUCACAGUGACAUUGUCACAGGUUCAGCGAGAGUAACAACAGUAUAGGAGAUACCCAUUACAUUUAAAAAAUAAUUACCCUUACGGCAGUAUCGCUUUUUCGUUUCAGGCUAGUCAUUGUACAUUUGCUUCAUGGUGUGUUGACAGUGAAGUUCACACAUUGGUAUGCAUUACAAGUACACGAUAAGUAAGUUAACUGUUUCAUUUUACCUCAUUGUUCGAAUAACACUAAAAAUCUCCAUCAUGUUUCACUGAUUUUUACACGAUUAAAUAUAGAAUGGUCGUUGGACUGUUUGUUUGUUGCAUCGUGAUGCAAGUUUUUUAAGAGGUACGAAUAAAGUGUGAAAUAGCAGCUGGAAAUUCUGAUAUCAUUCCUAUUCACUUUGCGUGUUGUAUAUACAUUAUAUUGAGAAAUUCCACGAUUAGAGGGAAAUUUAAAAUCUGUAGUAUGUAGCAGUGAUUACCCUCGAUUAUUUAUUCAAUUUUGUAUAUAUUAAACGUGAAUGAAAAAAAAAAAUGUAGAAAGUUUAGUGAUAUAUAUUACGACCCUACGAUGUAUAUGGCAAGAGAUAACGUUGCUGUACAUCAUCAUAAUAGGUAAAUUUGCAAGGAAUGAGAUCUGUAUUUUGUUUCCAUCGUAACUGAUUUGUAUUCCUUUAAUGGAUACAAAAUCUGAUUACUUUUUUAAAGACUGAUAGGAACACGAUGAAGGUUCGGACAAAGCUUGGACAUCUUCAAUGCGACAGAAUGUUAUGACAAAAAAAGGUAGUAACAUUUGUAUCGAUGUAGCGGUCUAAGUAAACGCUAAAACCGGCAUUAUAUAAAGAGACAAAAUUUUGUAAACUUUUACUUUAAGUUUCUAGUCUACUUAAAAAAAAAGAUCAACAGGUGAAGUAGCUUCUAUUUUGGUCAUAAUGUACUACAUAAAGUCGAGAUUUGCAUGUAAGAAGUGUCUACAAAUUCGACUGUUACCCUUUCUAAAAUUCAUAUAGGUACGGCUAGAAGUGUGUACGGAUCAAUUAAAUAUUUACCGAUCUGCAAAAAAUUGAAAACUUUGGCAUGAUAUUUAUCAAUUUUAAUUGAACGUUUCUUUGCUAACUUUAUUCGAAAAAAAAAUUUAUUGUAUAUUUGAAGCAUCAAGGAGUACAUAUUUUUUAAGUUUCUUCUGUAUCGCGUCAUCUUUCCUUCUACAUGUGUCGAACAAGAUCUAAAACUCUCAUUAGAAGGAAAAUGUUUGACACAAUAUAGAGUAGCUUUUAUGGUGGAUUAUUUACAAAGAUUUUGUUAUGCGUGUUUUACCCUGUUCCAGUUCGAGUUAAUUAGAUUUAACCCUUCCAACUUGGAACCAUAUCAGGGUAGCUUUAUGUUUUUCUUCUUACAAGAUUUGGUCUGUACACUGGAUUCUGUUUUGUCCAUGGUUCUUUUGUAAUAAUCAUUGUCUUUUACAUAGAUCUUAAGCAUAAUUCAACCUUUUUUUACAUUGUACUUUAGAUUUGGCAAACAUCUUAAUAAUUUGUAUAUUAAUAAUUGCAGUACAAUAAAAUUUAUAGCUACUAAUAUCUACUUUGAUGUUUCUAUCACGAGGAGAAUAAUACAGCUCUGUGUCACUAAACACAUGUGUCAAAGAAGAGUAAUACUUCGUAAAUUGUAAAAUACUUCAAGGAAAAAUAAUAAAUAUAAACAUUUAUUAAUCUAUCUUUAUAAAACAUUUAUUUAUCAUACAUUGGACAUUCGUAUAAAUUAAUGGAUUUAUCGUCAGAUACAGAUACAAGUACAUCGUUCCUUUGAGGACUGUACUUCACAGCCCAUACCUGAAAAAAAGACAAGUUACUUAACUAUUAUGUUUCUUUAUUAUCUGUAGAUAUUUUCAAAUGUUAAAAUUUAUAUAAAAAUGUAUAUAUACGUUCCUAGAUUACAACAUUCUUUUCCUAUUUUGUAACAUAUAAUAUUAAUAUCUUACCUGAUCAUUAUGUUCAUUGAAUGUAUGAAGACAUUGUCGCUGUGCUAAUUCCCAGAUUUUAACUGUGUGAUCUGAACUACUAGAAGCAAAUGUUUUGCCAUCUGGAGCAAAAGCAACACCAAGUACCCAUGAAGCAUGACCUGACAUAGUUCCAGCUAAAUUAGCAUCUUUCCUGUAAGAAAAAAUAAGUUGAUAAGAUUAAAAAAUGAAUGAAUUCUUCAUUUCAAAUAAUAUAAUAUGCACAAAAUCGCUUACACAUCAUAUAAUUUCAUAUGCCCAUCAGCUGAUGCAGUAAGAAGCAGCUGAGAGUCUGGUGAGAAACAGAGAGACCUGAUAGGCAUCGCAUGACCUAUAAUAUAUACAUAAAUUUAUACAUGUCUUUAUUGGAAAGAAUGUAUUAUAAAAACUGUUGUACAUACCUUCUAAUGUACGCAAUACUUUUCCAUAUGUAACAUCAAAUAUGUUAAUGAUUCCAUCUAUGGCACCACUAGCAAUAUAUUUACCAUCGGGGCUCUGUAAUAGAUGACGUUAUGAAACAAAG